AUGAUGGGCAGCCAGUGGAUGAUUUGUACAGUGCAGCGUGUUAUUGCAGCACUCGCAGUCUUUACGCUUGGGCGUGCUGCCGCAUGUCUUUGCGCUGGUGAUGCAGGGGGCGACCCCUGGAAUGCGCUUGUGCAGGCCAGUUGGGAUGUUGCCAACGAGAUUGACAGUCUUUACUGCGGCUCUUGCCAAUCACAACGGGCACUGCGCUGUGCCUGUGUUUUUCUCCUGGCAUGUGCAGUCAGAUGGUUGAACUUAGCCCCAAGAUCCAGCUUGUCAAGCGGUGACGAUGACAUUGAGCCUCCACAUCUGAAGUCAAAGAGCCGACAGCGCGACAUCCCCACACCCUCCAGGGCAUGUGGACGAACGCAGUCUCCAAGGCGUCAGAUCCUGGGUCCGGCGGAGUCGUCAGAGGAACUACAGCUCCUGGUCCUGGUCAACACAGCUUCACCGGAGGAGCUGCGCAGGCUUUCGGGUUGGGCGAAGUUGGACUACAUGGACUCGGCCAUCGUUGAAAAAAUCCUUAGUGCACGACGUGAAACCACAAUCGAGACCCUGGAUGAUUUGGUACGCAUCGUCGGCAUCCGCCGCGCAUACGUUGUUAAUGCUUUACUGCAAAGUUUAAUUCGUUCCUAG